UUCCGAAACCAGGUGGAUCAGUGGCGCUAUUCUUUUGGAACUAAUUUUUACAGGCGAUUCAACUUUGCAAUUAAAUUCUAAUUAGCGUUUACAUACAAUUAAUAAUACAACAAAUGACUACUAUUCAUUUUCAAAUUAUCUGGGAGAAUGGUUAAUUUAUGAAACUAGAUAUAGUUUUAGUUCAAUGAUUCAUAUUUAGCUUACAAAGUAAUUCGCUUCUCGUCAUGCAGCCAUUUUCGCCCUAUUUCUGGCAAUGAUAAUUUGAACGUUGAUAGUUUGUAUACAAACUUAAUUUGAGGGUGACAAGAAGCAGACUGAAUUGUUUAUAAAUUAGGAGAAACUUAAAUACAAACAUGAUAGAAGCAGAAACUGUAGGUAAUUUAGUUCAAAAAAUGAUUAUUUCACUCUGUGGAGAACAAAAGCCAGAGAUAAUUCGAAAAUGGAUGCGUUUUUCACUUGGGUUACUGUCAUCCACUCAAGGAGUAGAAACAUUACGUGAAGAUGAAAUCACUGUAGCAAGUCAGAUAAAAGAAAAGUUACAAAUAUGCGAAGCAGUACAGUUUGAUAAAUUGUAUAAUGAACUAAGAGCUGGGCCACUGAAGAACAGAGCACGGAUUCUUAUAUUUCUAUUGAAUAUGUGCCAGCCAGGAGAACAAUUAAGAGAAAAAGUAUUCUCUGUACCUGAUUUAAAAUUAGGUUCAUGUUCAUCUACUGCAUCCACCAGUGGGCAAACACCAGAAAUCUGUGCAUCCUCGCAAAUCAUAUCCAUAAAUAAUACAGAGAAAAGUACAAGAGAUUAUUUAACAAGCUCUUACAAAAUAUAUGGAGAAGAGUAUAUUUCAGAAGAUGCAUUAGUACAAGAUCUGAUAUAUUCCUUCCAGGGUAUAGAAGGAAAGAUAUUAAAAUUGGAUUCCAGUUAUGGUUUUCAAAUUGAUCCAAUGAUCAGUAUUGAUAGGCCACGUAAACAAGCGACUCUAAGAUUGAGCGAACUUGGAUAUUUACACAAUAUAGUGCAAAAAGGAUUAGAAAGAAUGUCGGCUGCUUCGAGCGGCCAGGUGGCUGAUAGUUUCGUCGCAGCGAUGCAUUCUGAAUUAUCCGAAUAUUACAGAUUUAUAGCUCUCAUUCAAGAAGAAGUAAACAGAGUUCAGACUCAACCAGGAUUAUACAGAGUUACUCUCUCCCAUUUACACCUCUGGGCGUAUGAUCCUUUAGAAACUUUAAAAUGGCUGGCCAGUAUAGUAAGAACUUGCCAAGGGCAAAAAGGUGGUGCGUUAGCUUCUGCGGUAUAUGAAUUCAGCAACCAUGGAGAUGCUAGUGUGAAAAAAUUAGUUAAGAGGAUAUUGGAAAGUGUUUGCGAUCCUUUGUACAACAUGUUGAUAAGAUGGAUCGCAGAUGGUGAACUGGAUGAUCCUUACAGAGAAUUUUUCAUUGAAACUUGUGCCGAUAUUACCGGGGAUAGAAUGUGGCACGAGAAAUACCAAGUUCGCAAUAGCAUGUUGCCAUCUUUUAUCACAAAAAUGCAAGCGAAAAAGAUUCUAGGAACCGGGAAAAGUAUUAACUUUUUGCGGGAGGUAUGCAAAGAUUUUACUCCUUGGCAAGGGAAACAUACGGAAAUGUUUAAAAAUUUUAGCGAGCAAUAUAAAGUUGAUGUUCUUUUCGAUAUGGAUCCGGAUGGUCGGUUGCAAACAAUGAUGGACACAGCAUACAAGGAUACUUCAACUAGAGUAGUAGAAGUAUUGACAAAACAGUAUCAUCUAAUGGAACAUUUGCACGCAAUUAAGGGUUAUCUUUUACUAGGACAAGGACACUUCAUCCAACAUUUGAUGCAUUUAUUAGAGCCAGAAUUGGAUAAACCAGCUAGUUCUUUAUAUCCACAUAAUAUAUCUUCUAUUUUGGAAACAGGGAUAAGAGCUACUGCUACAAAGUUAGAUGAUUUAGAUAUACACAGGAGAUUGGAUGUAAGGUUGUUAGCGCCCUCGGAGAAUGAAAGAGGCUGGGAUGUUUUUAUCCUUGAUUAUAAUGUAGGAGGUCCUAUUGGAACGAUUUUAGAACCGUGUAGACAAACAUAUCAAACUGUAUUUUUCGCCUUGUGGAGAGCUAAAAGGAUGGAGUCUAUACUAUCUACAAUUUGGAAACAUCAAAUAACAUCGGCCAAAAUGUUUAGUAAAAUGCCUGAAGUAUUAUCCAUUCAAACUCAUAUACAUUUAAUCACGAGCAGUAUGGUUCACUUGGUUCAUCAAAUGCAAUAUUUUUUCUUGUUUGAAGUAAUUGAAUGUUCUUGGGAUGCAUUUGCAAAACAAUUGGGACAGGCAGCAUCUUUAGAUGAUAUAAUUACGUCACAUAGUCGUUUCAUAGAUGCAGUAAGACGCGGUACACUGCUUGAUGAAAAAUCCCAAGUAAGAGCUAAUGGAUCAUCUACGCUCCGUUUAUGGUCCGAUAUUGGACUUACAAAAUCUUGAAGAAACGUUUCUUACACGUGCUACGCAAGAAUACGAGGCACGAUUAAAAGAUAAUUAUUCAGUAAAUGUAGCUUACGUGUCGUCGAAUCAGUUAGAUAUUUCAGACACAGAGAGUGCAGAAAUUGCUAAACGUCAAGCUGGAU